AUGGCUUCAGAAGGAGCAACUCCAGUGCUGGGACCAGAUAUGACCAUGAAUCCUGGUGUCUCCAUGUCUCCUUUCACUGCACUGCCCUUUAGCCCACCCACUCCUGGACCCCUACACGGAACACCCAGGGAGCAGUACCCACUGCCCCUCAUAACGUCAUCAUGCCCUCCUGGCAUCCAUCUGGGGCUCUCUACUUUCCCCAGGACACUGCUGGUGCCAGGUGUUGGGGACUAUGGCCCCAAUGGGGCCAGGCCUGGCAAGGUCAUUGUCCAAGUCAGGACAGAAGGGAGAUCAGCAGAGCUCCCUGGAAUUCAGACCUUUGUCAUGGCACACACCCCACUCAACUGGAGUGCCCCGGGGGCUCCUAGUGGGGCAGUUAAGCAUGCUCCACCCCCAUUUGGGGAAGCCUCUGUGGUGCAGCAAAUGAUCCCUGCCACUUCUUUUGUGGGUACUCAGGCUUGUAGGGAAGGUUGGUCCCCAGCUCUUUCUCUUCAAGCUCCACCACCAACUGUCCAGCUGGCCUCCAUUUUCCCCCAAGUGAAGGCUUGGUCAGGCCAACAUGCCUCUUCUGGGGAGGAAAGACUGGCCACCACACAAUCCAGGCCUUCGCUGGAUGACUCCUCCUGUAACCCCAAGAGUGUUUACAAGAACUACCGAUGUUGGCAACACUUCAAGUCCCUGGCCCGGAGGCACCAUCUCCACAGUUCUGAUACAGAGGCUCUUUCCUGCUUUCUCAUCCCAGUCCUGCAAUCCCUGGCCCAGCUGAAGCCCACCAUGACCCUGGAGGAGGGACUGUGGCGGUCCGUGCAGGAAUGGCGGCACAAAAGCAACUUUGACCGGAUGAUCUUCUAUGAGAUGGCGGGAAAGUUCAUGGAGUUUGAGACAGAGGAGGAGUUACAGAUUCACAAGUUGCAGCAGAAGAAUGCGUCUUUAACACACAUUUUAUGGGGACACAAUUCAAUUCAUAACAGGUGGAAAGAGCUGGAAUUUGCUGCUAUAUUCAUCUUCUUCUUUCCAACCCCUCCUAUAGGGUUCAUUUCAAAGAAGGGAGGUCCUAAGGCACAGCACCCCAAGCAGCAUCAACACAGAUUCCAGGACCCUUGGGAGCCCAAGCAACCCAAUGAGAUCCCUCCUAAAGCUGUGAAAGAGUAUGUUAAAAUCAUGGAAAGUCUCUCUGGAGCUGCCCGUUCAGCCACCGUGGAGCCAGAUGGAAAAUAUCAAGAAGAAGAAAAUGAGCAACAGCAGGAAGAGAAUGGGAUAUAUUCAGACCCGGGACUCCUGAGCUACAUAGACAAGCUGUGUUCACAGGAAGCAUUUAUUACCAAGGUGGAAGCAGUUAUUCACCCUCAAUUUCUGGAAAUGUUACUAUCACCAGAAUCACAGGUAGAUCCCAUGUCCUUAAUGCAGGAGCUGGAGAAAGAAGAAGGACUCACUCUUACCCAGAUGGCAGAGAAGCGACUGCUGGAAUUGAAAGGGAAAGUGGGUGUGGAAGCACCCCCAACUUAUGAGGCGGAUCCAGGGCAGCAACAGGGCGUGUGCGGGGACUUCAACAUCCUCAGGGACCCGGAGACUCCAAGCGGGGAGGACACAGGGCUGGAGAGGACGUGA